CACUCAUUUGGCCUCCGUCGAAUCUUGCUACGGCAACCGCAGCUCUUUCACCAUGACCCUUCAGAAUCGUGGAGUGCGAGUUCACUCUCAAAGGUUGGAGAAAGGAAGCGGAUGGAGGAAGGCCCAUCAUCAUCUGAAGUCUUAGUUGCAGGAGAAAGUCCUAUGUGGAGUGGCCACUGGUUUCGCCUCUUGAGGCUUGACUUCUUCACUUUUUGGCGCAUCAAGACCCAACUUCAGCCACGAAGCAGGGGUCUGCGGGCAGCAAUAAUUCAGCAGAAAAGGCGAGCCAUCGGUACUUUGAAGUGGACCAGAGGAUAUGCUAGCUUCAGUAGUGGCAAACAUGUUGGUCCUUGUUAUUCUUCGAGAUGGUAUACCUGUCAUCAGUACUCAGUAGUGACCGGCUUCAACAAACUUCAGUUUCCUGUCCAGCUCACUCCCUAUCAGACUUUAUUCGGAAGAAAUAUCAAGUUUUAGGUGGACUGAAGCAACUUCUUUCGAGGUGAUUCGAAUAGCUGACCCGUAGUGUAGCAUGCUUUACUGAGAGGUGCUAUGGACUAUCAGUGCUUUGUCAGUCAUCUUUGAACUUAUCUCAACUCUCACUCAUGCUCUUCUUUUGUCUCUUGAGGCUCAGGCACGGACGCUUGGCAUUAUUUAACAAUAAAGCCUUAGCUCAGCCUUCUCAAACUGCACCACCAGUCCACCACAUGAGUGGAUUUCAGAUGACUUCAAGCAAGUGCCGUUGCCACUUGUUUCUAGCCAAAGCCUACGUGCCAUUGGCAUUGGACAAACUCUUGAGCUGGAUACGGCGUCUUCUUUUAACUGUUCGCAUUGGCCUUUUAGCGGGAGAGACAACCGAAACUAUAUUCUGAUCUGAUGGAGGAACCCUACGAGAAAGACACACACCUGCUGCUCUCUUUGGGACUUGUCUGUCAGAGAAAAAAUCAUGCCGGAUGGUGCUGAUAUGCCCCUAGUGGAAUGGUGACUCGGACCCCCGCGGGGGCUCGAUCCGGACGAGGCGGCGGCAAGGAAGCAGCACGCCUUGUCUAUCGGCAGCCAGCAGUGGGCAGAGUUACUCUUGCACACAAGAACCUUCGCCUCUGCAGUUGUGCUCAUUCAUCCUCGUCCCGUUACACAGUGGCCAUAGUGCUGAGGCGAUGUCGAUCCGUCACCAGUGCUGAGCAUAGUUUUGUUCCGUCUGCUCUUUCGCGCAUCAUCUCGGUGUGCUGUUCCAAGUUCCGUGAUUUUUGUUCCGAUCUGCUGUCAGCCUCCCACAUGCGUACCUUCCUGUUCCUCUGCUUUGUGAGCCAUCCCGCGACCUAUUUGCCUGAUGAAACUGAGGUGUACUAUCAUGGAGUGAAAUUGUUGGUUGGGCCAAUCAGAAACGAUGGUGAUCAGUGUUAAGUAACCCUAGUUAGGGUUAUGUGGGCAAAUAUCUGCUUUGCCCCUGAGGGGUCUCACAUCUCUAUAUAAGGAACAUGUACACCCCUUCAUAAUAGAGAGAUCAGAAAGAGGCCAGAGGCCCAACCCUAUAUCCUGUGUCUUGUGUGUUCCUCUGUCGUGCUUAUGGGAAGGGAGACGGGUCUUCUACAACUUCUCGCGCCUCUACUACUGACGGGAGGGAAGGGAGCGGAUCUGGUGAUCCGUGGUAACGUAGUUCUCAACACGUUAUCAGCACGCUCUACCUCAACGUUGCUGCGAGAUCAGAUCUGCAUCAACUCUUCGUCAAGCCGGCAGGUCCUCCGGCCUAGCCGAACUGUCCCACGCGACAGACUUCAAUUCCUCCUCUACGCAAUCGAGCGAGUGGUAUGCUUAAAUUGGAUAUACUAUUCUUGAUCUACCGAUGUACACGCGUUGUGAUCCAUGCGCCAAGAACUUGUCGUCACCGUCGUUGUGCUGUGUUUGCUCCGGGCCACGCCCACGCCGGAAGCGUCCGCAUCGGAGCCUCGCCGGAGAGGCUGCGCCAGCACCCUGGCAAGCGUCGUGCUGGAAGCGGCUGCUCCACGCCGCAUCGUUGACUGCCUGGCCUAUAGCCUGCUGGGUCGCGUGCUCCACUGCUCCUCCCACCAAAUCGAGAGAGGUUGAGAGCAGUUGAAUCUUUGCACUGUGCCAUGUUCGCACUGAAUGGGCGGUUCUUGGAUGGUGCACAACCGCUCCUCCAAAUUUCUUGCGUGGACGAUUGCAUGCGGAUUGCAUGCGGAACGAUUAGCACGCUGAUCCGUUUUUCCAGUAGACAAAGGAGACGUGCGGUUAAUAUUUUUUUCUAUAAAAAAAGUGACCGGCUAUUGACCCGCUCGCCUCGUUUUCUGCCGUCCAUUCCGCCACACCAAAAAAAACUUGCAUGCCACCAGCCUGCAUGCACCAUGCAGUGUGCAGAAAGGGAAAAAAGUCACAACGAAACGCACAACAUCUCCUAAAACUAGAUGUUGUUGGUGCAUUAUUCAACUUUGGUGUAAUUUUAAUUUAUAUACAUGCUCAUGUUAUUUAUUUUAUUUAUUUCCUGUUGCAAAUAACAAAUAGAAUUAAGCAUGUUUUCUACCGCAAUUUCUAUUUUCAAUUAAUUAUUUCCCGCAAUAAAUAAUUAGUAGAAAAAGACAUGCUCGGAUAUAGGAAAAAUGCUUUCAUGCACUUGAUCUGCUUAUGCAUUAAAUUCCAGUAUUAUUUGUCUGCUUUAUUUCUCGUAGUAGAUAAUUAGCAGAAAUUAUUAAAAUGUGUGAAGGAUAUAGUGCGCAUACUCAAAU